GAGCGCGCCUACCUGAACCUCCUCCAGUACAACACGAUCAUCUCCGCGUCGCAGUACGCCUCCUACUACUUCUCCCUCCGCACCGCCGCCAUCGCCAUCGCUUCGCCGCAGAAGCCCGAGGCGCCCUCGUCGCCGGGGCAAAUCGCUCGAG